GCUUCAUAUUUUAUACUUAUUUUAAUAUUUCCCUAAAAAUCUCGUUGAUUUUUCAUUUAUUUUCUGAUUUUCGUUUGAAUACGAGAUCGUACGAAAAUAGAAACCUCUGUGUAAUACGAGCCGACUCCCUGAUAUAGAGCUUUCUCUCGGCGGGUUAUUUUUGACCGAUCCUACUUGUACUGUCCAGACGCCCGACAUAACAGAAAAAGCUUGUAAGCACGUUACUGAAGGUUUUCACGUUCUUAAGAUACCAGUAAAGCGUACAGUGCAUUUAUACUUCAUAGUGCAUCACGUAAAUAAGGUUAUGCUGAAUUUGACGAAAAAACGUAUACGCUGAAAGUCUUAUUCGAUAAAAUUCUGUAGAAUAAAGUUAUCAUAAAUAGUUUUCAUUGUCGUAUCUUUUAAUACAAGAACUACCAUAAACAAGUAACUGAUAGUAUACGUAAUGUUUUUCAUGAGACAAAUAAAAGUAAUUACAAAACUUAGUUAACCUCACAUUGAUGAUAAUCUGUACAUCAGUGGUAAUGUACACAUGUUUGUGGAAAACGUUUGUGAUGGUACAACUUUAUUUUGGUCGCACCAAGUGAGUGUGUCAAAGGGCAAGGCUAGUUUUAAGAGGUUUGCUCUGGGAGUACUGCCAGUUGGCUUUUAGCUGUGACAUGUGAAAGUUAAACACUUUUUAAGAAGUAUCUGAUGCUGGUUAAUUAUUUUAACAGAAUAAAUUGCAACAAUGAGUAUUCCGGAGGGUGUGAAAAAGUGCUUAGCAGUUUUAAAAUCUGUUGAAACUGACUCAGAAAAAUUUGCUGCACUGUUCAUGGUCACAAAAUUAGUGGACAGUAAAGAUUGCACAGCAGCAAUUAAAAAAAUGUUAUUUGAAGCAAUUGGAACAAAAUUCUUGAAAAAGCUAUUAUCUCCUCAAGUAGUUCCUGUAGAUUGUCCUCCACAAGUGUAUAAAUCUGUAGCACUGUCUAUACUUUCUGCAUUUUGUGGAGAACCAGAACUGGCUUCUCAUCCUGAUAUGAUUGCUCAUGUACCUGCAUUGCUUGAAAUUAUCUCCCAAGCUGAUGAAGAUGCAGCUGAUGAUAUGUUAAUUAUUGUUAGCGAAGCCUAUACAUGCUUGCAAAAUAUAGCACAGUAUCCUCCAGGACAGAAAGCUUUAAUUGAACAGAAAGCAAUCUCAAAAAUGUGUGAUAUCUAUUCAGAAAAAAGUUUUGAAACAGACAAAGCAUUAAAUAUUUUAGUCACAUUAGUGGGAAGAUUAGGUCCAGAAGCAUGGGAUGCAACAGAUACAGCGCCAUUUCAUGCUAUUAUGAACAAAAUUGCAUUAGACUUUGAAACAGAUCAUACAGAAAGAAAAUUUCAACUAUGUACAAUUUUACAAGCUUUAUUAAUGUCUUGUAGAAAAGACAUUAUUAAUGCAACUGUUAAGGAUGAAUCUUGGCCCCUCAGCAUCCAUAAAGCUUUAUGCGACAUUCUUGGAUCAAAAAUAGGUAAAAAUCAACGUGACCCAGCAUUAAAACUUGCAUCUGUAAUGUUGGAUUUACUGGGAGCAGAAUGGACUUUAUUGGAUAAAGAUAAACCGAAAGUAUUUUUCUUGUUGUUGAUUCAAUUAGCAUCAAUAGAAGUUAGAAUGCAAAUAGAAGGAAAACAACUUAAAGCUGUUAUGACAAAUGCAGAUUUAAUCACAGCAUGUUUUGUUAUUCUUGAAAUUUCUCUUGCAUACAUUACAAAUGAUCAGUUGGAUUUAGAACAGAAAGAAAAGCAGUCGCUUUAUACAGCUUUAAAAGGAGCUUUUGCUGCAAUUAUAAGUUUAGUUUCAGCAGUUUCCAAGAUGAAAGAACUAACAGAUAUCAAAGAACGAGUAUUUAUCUGUGCUGUAGUAAGGGUAUUAGCUGCAUGGCUUGCCCAAGAAACAACCGCCAUGCGUCCGCAAGUUUAUGCGGUGCUACCUUACAUUUUAACAGUAGCCAAUGAUACUUUUUACGCGUACCGAAAUAGAAAAUUAGCAGAGAAAGCCAAAGCAAAUGCUAAAACGAAAAAUGACGAAGGACCAUCAUCUGAACCAGUUACUAAUGAUCCUUUAAGCGAGAUCGAUUUAUUAAGACUUUUAUUACCAGCUUUAUGUUAUUUGGCUGUAGAAGAAGAUGCUAGAAAGAUCUUAAUCAAACAUAAGCAAGAAGAAGUCUUGUUUGAAUGUUUAUCUUAUCACUGGACAAUUGUUCAUCACAAAAAACCACCAGUUCCUAGAUCAGAAAGAUUGAAAGCAUUGAAAGAACCAGAAAAGGAAGAAGAUUUAGAACUUCACGUGUCUGAAGCAAUGAAAGAUUCAAGAACAGCUAUGGUUUCUGUAUGCAAUGUUUUAAUGAAUAUUACUGUCCUAGAAGCAAAAUUAGUGGAAGAAUCACCAACAUUCAUUUCCUUAUUAAAAUUUAUUUUCAAUAAUCUCCCAGAACUUAAACAAAUCCCAGAGAAUUUAGUACUUCAUGGUCAUCUUGCAGUUCUGGGGUUAUUGUUAUUAAAACAACAAGCGAAACGUAUUAAGAAAAAUGAUUUCUCUAUAUGUCGGUAUAUUCAAGCUACUAUAAGAUUUUUGUGGGAUGCAUAUAUAAUUGAUGAAAGUAACGAUCCAACUGAACUUGUUGUCGCAAUGUCGUACAAAGAACGGUGGAUGGAAAUUAUGGAAUUAUGGUUUCUUGGAAUGCAAACAAUGGCUGGUGUUCUACAAGUUAUACCUUGGCUCUCACAAUUUACUCUUGAAUCAGGAUGGGCAGCAGAAAUUAUUGAAACCCUUAAAAAAGUAAAAAUAGGAAGCCUUCAACCAAAUGUAAAGUCUGCUUUUGAAGAUUUAUUAUGUCAUUUAGUGAAAGCAGACGAGAAUGUUCCCUCUGUUUUAAAGAAAUGUGGAGCUUUAACUGUAUGCAGAAAUCAUCGUAUGAUGGAGCUUGGAAAACAUCUUUUUGGAGAUUAAAAACAAUAUACAGAAUUUAAAUGAUUUGGAAUAAAAGAAUCAUAUACUGAUAGUAUAAUAUAUUAAUUUGUAUACUAAAGGGGUUUAUUGUAUUUUUAUGUUAUUAAACAGUAGAUUCUUAUGCGAAGACAUAAGAAUAUUAUGCAUGCUUUUUAUGUUUGGUAGGAAGUAUUCGAAAAAUUGCACUGUAAGAAAAAAUAAUUUGAAUUUUUACUCAAAAGGGCACUUUUAUUAUAUAUUUUCAUUUACUAUACAAUAUUUUUCAAAAUAUUUUAGUUACUAAAAUAACACAUAUUCCAAUAACAUGUUCUACCCACAUGUAUGUAAAACUAUAUACAAUCAUAGUUCAGACAUAAAUUUAGGUAGCAAUCAUGACUGGAAAUAGUUUUUUGGCAAGCCAAGGAACUACCGAAUAUUUCUGUGGAUUAAGUAGUUUCUGAAACUUAAAUAUUGAAAUACGUGUUAGAACUAAAUAUUUUUACAUUUUAUAAUAAACUGUAGACUAUUGAAAGUAUAUAUGUUAGAGAAUACUUAUAAUUAAUAUAAUUUCAAAGUGUAUAUACUUUUAAAAAUGUCUAUGUAUAAUGAAUGAUUUUGUAAAAUAACGUGGUCUUUCUAUUAAAUCGUUUUUUAAAGUA